GUGUGUGUGAGAGAGAGAGAGCGCCGGCACCUUGACGGAGUAAAAACAAAAAAAUAUCAGAGCGGAGACUACGCCUCCCGGCUUGCCCCGCGCGCGGCCCGCGCGUGCGCGUUGAUAAAGUCGCCCCUGCGGGGUGAGGGCGGGGGGAGCGGCGGCGGCCAUCUUGUGCGAGGAGCGACCGGAGCCGCCAGGCAGGAAGCCCCGAAGGAGGCCGGAGGAAGGAAGGAAGGAAAGAAGGGGGGGAAAAAAAAGAAAGGAAGGAAGGAAGGAAGGAGAAGCCGACAGCAGAGCCUCCUGCCCGCCCGCCCGCCGCGGAGGAGCCGCCGCCGCCGCCGCCAUGAACCCCGAAUAUGAUUACCUGUUCAAGUUGCUUCUGAUCGGAGAUUCCGGUGUAGGGAAAUCCUGCCUCUUGCUACGGUUCGCCGAUGACACCUACACAGAAAGCUACAUCAGCACCAUCGGGGUAGACUUCAAAAUCCGGACCAUCGAACUGGAUGGCAAAACGAUUAAGCUGCAGAUUUGGGACACAGCUGGGCAGGAACGGUUCCGGACUAUCACGUCCAGCUACUACCGAGGGGCCCACGGCAUCAUCGUGGUCUACGAUGUAACGGAUCAGGAAUCGUACAACAACGUCAAGCAGUGGCUGCAGGAGAUUGAGCGUUACGCCAGCGAGAACGUCAACAAGCUGCUCGUCGGCAACAAGUGCGACUUAACCACAAAGAAGGUGGUGGACUACACAACCGCCAAGGAGUUUGCCGACUCGCUUAGCAUCCCCUUCCUGGAGACGAGUGCCAAGAAUGCCACCAACGUGGAGCAGUCCUUCAUGACCAUGGCAGCCGAGAUCAAGAAACGGAUGGGCCCCGGGGCCACGGCCGGCGGGGACCGGCCCAACUUGAGAAUCGACAGCACUCCGGUCAAACAAGGAGGCGGCGGCUGUUGCUGAACAGGAGGGACAUGAUGGCUUUGAAGGGGAGGGGGGGACGGGGGGUGCGCGUGGGACCAGCCGAGACAGCGGGGUCCUGCCCCCCUCCUCACCGUCCAGCCCCUUCCUCCUCCUCCAAUUUUUUCCCCCCAUUCUCCAAAGGUGGCUUUCCGGAUGAUACCUCCGUUCCGGAGGGGGACGGGGCCUUCCUCCCUUCCAGCACAGCUGCUGCUCCGAGCUGCUGCUCCGUCUUUAGCUGUUUUAUGUCACCCCCUCCCCUUUUAACUCUGGACAGGGAGGCAGGAGAGGCCGGGGGGGGGGGUGUUGUCUCACCAGGCCAAGCUUUCCCUGUCCCUAGUUUUGUUUUGGAGGGUGGGGGGAACACAUCGGUCUCUGUUUGAUGGGGCGGGGAGACAGAGGGCUCCCACUCCUGUAGGCAGGAACUGGGUGGCACUUUCUUUUACUGCAAGGGGAGGGGGGUGUUGUCUCAGCCCCCUUCCUCCCCCUUCCUUCUCUCCCCCCCCCAGCCCAAAUCUCUCUCUCUCUCCCUAUUUGGUAAUCCAUAGCUGAGCGUUCCCCUCUCCACCCUUCAGUCUGCCUGCUUCCUCAUCUCCUCCUCCUCCUCCUCCUCCUGCCCUUAAGUAGGAGAUCCCCCUCAACCAUCAAUGAAGGCUGUUCACCCCACCCCACCCCCUCCUUCCUGCCUCUGUUUGAUGGUUUCCUUUCCACCCCCCACCGCCAGACUAUGUCAUUCCUUCACUGGCCCUUCCUGAACUCCCUCCUCCUCCUCCUUUCCCCCCCACCCCUAGGGUCUUUCAACCCACCCCUACCCCCAAUCCCCCUCUCAGCCACCCUUCUCCCCAAAGUCUUUCUCCCUCCCAGCACCAUCGCUGCUUUUGUCCUUUUGCGGGGUGGGGGGGAGUAGGAAGAGGGAGAUUGGGAGGGGGGUUGUAGAGUGGUGGGGGGAGUAGAGCCAGGGUAGGGGGGGGAGUGUUGGGGCUCUUCCCCAGCUUCUGCAUUUCACAGUCAAUGAAUGUAUCUCUGCUGGGCAGCCCCUCCGAGCUUGUGAAUAAUUUUGUAGGGUCUCCCUUCCCUCAGCCCCCCUGGGCUCCCCAUUUUUUCCUCUUCCUCUCGUACCUCCCCGUGUAUCAGUGACCAAACAUAGCCCCCCCCCUCCCCGGCCCAGGUAUCUCUUCUCCCAUGCUGCUGGACCCAGCCCCCUUGCAAAACCUGCUCCUUUCCCCCCCACACCUUAUUUUUAGCAGCAGGAAGUCCUUUCCUUCCCCAGCCACUUGUCUGCCCCCUCAUCCUCUCCCGCUUGCUCGCUCGCUCGCUGGUCCCCUUCCUCGCCCAACAACCCACCCACCCCCGCCGCUUUAUUUAAGGAACGUCAGGGACCCCCACCGCGGGGUGGAAAAGUUUUCCGUCGGCUCUCGAUUUCGUCCGUUUUGUUUUUUUUUCCACAAGUGACAUUACAAAACACAGAUGAGAGGAAAAGAGAAAAGAAAAAAAAAGAGGGAGGGAAAGAAAAGAAAAAAAAAACGAAUAAAAUAUAACCAGCCUCUGCAAAACGAGGAUUUUCCAGG